AGGGAAGGCUAUACUACCUUAUUCUUUGUUUAUUUAUUUAUUUUCUUGAAGUUUGUUCCAAUCUACGUCUUCUCUCAUGGCUCAAAACCCUCGUGAUUCUUCCAACAGGAAGACAUGGAGCCGUGAAGAAGAUUCUCUACUUAUUCAAUACAUCACAACUCAUGGAGAAGGCAAUUGGGCUUCUCUUCCGGCAAAAGCUGCAGGUCUGAAACGCAGAGGGAAAAGCUGCAGACUUCGUUGGUUUAAUUAUCUCCAUCCAAACAUAAAGCGUGGGAAUUUCUCGGGAGAUGAAGAUGAACUCAUCAUUAGACUCCAUCGUCUUCUUGGAAAUAGAUGGUCUCUGAUUGCGAAGAGAUUACCAGGUCGAACAGACAAUGAUGUGAAAAACUACUGGAAUACUCACUUGUGCAAGAAGUUGAGAGGCAAAAAAGACCACCCAUUAGAUCGCCUACCCAAGAACAAAGUGGGUAAAAAGUACCGUUUGGAUAGUACAGUUACAGAUAAGGAGGAGAAGAAAAAUGUGGUUGGCAAUGAAGAGACAACUACAAACUGCGAGCCCUGUGAUAAACAGAGGCAAACUGUUAAUGAACCAGCAGGCAGCUUUUUUGACUUGUCUUGUGUUCUUCGGGAUGAAGAAGAUUCUUAUCAUCAUUCAAUGCAGUACUUGCAGUCAGAGGAGUUAAUCACCAGAGACAGCUUUCACCGUGAUCUUUUAUUGUUGGAAGGGAAUUCAGAUACCAAUAAUCUCUUAUACCAGGAUAAUAUUUCUCCAUUACUUUCAGCUGAUAUCUAUAACUUGUGGGGAAAUCUCUAGGUUAAUCUGUAUCUAGAGAGAAUGUAGGAUAAGUGUAUUAAGUUUUUAGUGGGUUUGGGAUCUGUUUACGUAAAUAUUUUCAUCUUCUAUUGUUCUCAUAAGAGCUAUUGACUUGCUAUUAUUGGAGCUUAUCAUAAUGAUGUGAACCUCUUUCACAUUUGCUUUAAUGUACAUACAUAAUGGCAGCUUCGCCAUUACCUUCAGUU